CAUUUACCACUCCGUAACGGGUACUUAGUACAUCCGUGGGGUAAGAAGUAGCAUCCCUCCAUAAUAGUUUCAUUCACACCCACGCGCAGGAAGAACUGUCCAAACCAAAAGCCUCCAGCACCCUAACCCUCAAAAAAUCUCUCACAACCCUACUCUCACCUCCAUUCCCUUCAAAGGAACCAAUUCCCCACGCCCUCCAAAAAGAGAGAGAGAGAGAGAGGUAUCCGCGUACCUAUACCCCGCACAAAAACCCCCAAGCACCUCAACUCAAAGCACUGUAACCUCACACAACCUCACACCAACCACACCAACAUCCCACACACACAGCACACACACACAAUGUCCGGCGCAAACUCCCCCGAAAUCCUCGAAGCCUACGACAAAGUCCGCUCCGACAAGGACCCCGCAAACUGGCUAAUAAUCUCCUACGCCUCAGCAGUCGGCGACAAGCUAGUCCUCAGCGAGACCGGCACCGGGGGAUUAAAAGAACUGGCCGACAAGUUAGAUCCUAAUCAAGCCCAGGUACCGUACCUUCCCUCCCCUUCCUCUUCUGGAAAACCCCCUGGGCCACAUUCAAAGGAAAGGAAAGUAGGAAUUAACAAAACCAGUACGCAUACGCCCGCGUCGAAUACGCAAACGACACUGAAAGCACCCGCGUCAAAUUCAUCGUCGUCGUCUGGAUCGGAGAGGGCACCAAGAUCAUGCGCAAGGCCCGCGUAAGCAUUGAGAGCGGCGAGGUCAAACGCGUGCUGGCACAUCACUCCUUCCAGGUCGAUGCGAGGGACAAGGGGGAUCUGGACGAGAAAGAUAUCGUCGUCCGAUUACGAAAAGCUGGUGGUGCCGACUACCAGGGUGGAAGAGGUUAACUUGGAAUGUGAGGGCUUGGAACAGUGACGGGUUGGAAAAAGUUUGGGUUAGAGAGGUAGCCUUUGGCGUUUAUAGAUGAGCCUGGCUGGCUUGGUUGGAAAUAUUGACCCCGAGGCAAUCUGUUGUUGGAGCAUCGAGACAUUUUUGGAGUACUGUACAUUGGUGGACUUACUACUUGCUUCAAUCGGAGCCGAGACCUUGCGAAGAUGUAUUGGAAACAAAUUCAGAUAUCACUACAACUUCAAAUUCACAAUCACUGCAUCAGAUCAAGGACAUAAUUUUCAAUGCUCUAUUGGCUCAAUCUACCUACAUCGCCAACAAGAUCGAUUGAGAUGACUGGUCAGAAACCAUACGUCAAGGAAUUGGGGGUUGGCUACUGCGUCAUUCAAAGUAUAUGAGAAGAGUGCGAGUCAUUUCGCCGUGCGCAUCGUCGUGGUAGUAGAGUGGAAAAUGAGCAUGUGUGAUGUGUGAUGUGUGUGAGUGUGACUUUAUGAGAAACGGGUCAUGCCGCAUGAAUGACGAGAUUAGGGCGCUUCUCGUGCGUCGUUCGAGGAUGGACGUCGGUUUGGCAGAGAUGUCGAGGCAGGAGGACGGUGUCUCGAGUAAUUAAAUGUCAAGGCGAAUCGUCUGAUCGAGUAUCAAGGGGGGGAACACUUGCUAGGAAUCUACCCGAGUAUACCACGCAAGUAUCGUAUGACCGUAACGUCGUAAAGUCCGUACCGUAAGGAAAAAGGGAAAAAAAGAAAAAUCGUCAUGGAAAGAGCAAAGGACCGCUUUUGGGGUGAAGAGAAUAUCGAACAAUUAAUAGGUGAUGAAUCGUUUGCAGAAAAUCCAUUACAUCAAUAUCAGCCUCGCGGCAAGUCAGAUCUGGUGGAGGAACCUAGACAAUGCUUGCCAGCAUAAAAGGAAAUUUUGAUGAGCCCAUCGUGAGGUUGGACCUAAGUAUUAAUCCUGGGAGGCACCUUGGCUGCGUCGCAUCUUCUCGGCCUCGAGGUUCUCGUAGAGAAGGUAGAGAGCCGACUCAUUUGCCUUGGCGCUGCCCAUGAUGGUGAACAUGCGCUCUCCAGUCUCGUCGUGGGGGGACUUGGCAAUGCUGAUGCGUGCACCAGAAGUCUUUCGGAUCUCACUGAUCUUGCUACCAGCAAGACCGAUGAUGCAGCCAACCAUGUCCGAUGGAAUGCUGAUAUUUUGUGUCUGGAGCUCCUCUCCGUUCUCGUCGUGGGUUGGGGGGCCGCGUUGACCAGCAUCCGAAUCGGAGCGACGGUUGUUGUAGGAGCGCGGUGCGCCAUCACUGAAAUCAGCACCGUUACCAGUGCGCAUAACACGGUUGUUGCUGUUGUACUCGCCACGAGGACUGCCGCGGUCGAGAGGUUGAGCGCCCAUUCUUCCGGAAGCCUCAGGUUGUGUUCGGACAAUCGGAUUGUACAGGACGGUGCCGGUUCCGCGUUGCCAGUCAUCAACCAAGCACUUGCAAAUCUCCCAGAUGGCCUUUUGAAUACCCUCGGGGGUGCCUUGGACCUCAACAAUGCGCUCGGUGGAUUGAGGGAGCAUCUCCUUUUGAGCGACCAUGCGGACACCAGAGACAUCUUGAAUAUGCUUGAUCUUGAGACCUUGUCGGCCAAUGAUCGUGCCCAUCUGGUUGUGAGAGAUCAACAACUUGAUAGCUGAGGUGGGAUGUCAGUGCUUGCUAUUCAUCAGAACUCGGGCAGAGGAAAAUCAACGUACGAUGAGUGCCAUUUUGAGAUACAACUCCUCCCAUGCCCAUUUGUGGUGCGCCCUCGAGAAGAGCCUUGGCUACAAUAGCGUAGGCCUUGGAGAUAUCAAGGCAACCUCCAGCGAUAGUCAAAACUCUAUCAUGGACACCCUGAACCACCUUGCUGACACCAGCCUUGCAACCAGUCUCAUCUCUAAGGUCUGCAACAUUCUUUCCACCUUUGCCAAUGAUCACACCAGCUUCCUUGGAAGAGACGAUGGCGCGAAGAGUAAGUUGGGCGUUUUCGUAAUCCUCAUCUGUCUUGGGAAGAGGCUCGCCAUCAGGUCCCAGGCGCUCUUCGUCACCUACGCUAAGGUUGUUCAUGUCGUUGGCGAGCUCAUCACCAUUGGAUCCAGUAUCGCGGUUCUCUUGUACAGAAGACAUGGUUGGAACUUAGUCUGACUUCUGGAGGCGAGAAUUGUGUGAGGGGCAGAGUGAGCAAUUGAAUUAUCACUUUUGAUGGGAUUGGUUGAAUGACAACACCGUGACAAAGACCAGUCACUUUUGUCUGUAGAGAAAAAGGCAUCUUGGUUAGCAAUGCGAUAACAGUUGUGAUGAAUUUGACAAUAGGGGAUCGGAUAUUAUUGACAGUGACUAAAAAUAUGGACUGGUAAUAAUAUGGGUAAUGAAGAGAUAACCAGGUUUCUUACUGUUGAGUGUUGAUCGGAAAUGUCGCGAAGGGAGUACCCAAGUAUGAAAGAGACGUAACGCACGUCAAAGGUGGUGGGGCGAUGAGGGACUCGAGCGGA